UGCGCAGUGGCUGCUACUCGUGAGUAGGUCCAGGAAGAGUCGCGCACUUUUUGGGCGUUAAGGGUCCGCGCGCCGCGGGGUCGUUUCAGCCGAACACUUGGAACCCCUGCGAGCUCGAGGUCUGUGAGCAGCCACCAUGUCGAUCUUCACCCCUACCAACCAGAUCCGACUGACCAAUGUGGCCGUGGUGCGGAUGAAACGGGCAGGGAAGCGCUUCGAAAUCGCCUGCUAUAAAAACAAGGUCGUCGGCUGGCGAAGUGGCGUGGAAAAAGACCUUGAUGAAGUUCUGCAGACCCACUCAGUGUUUGUAAAUGUUUCCAAAGGUCAGGUUGCCAAGAAGGAAGACCUCAUCAGUGCAUUCGGAACAGACGACCAGACGGAGAUCUGCAAACAGAUUUUGACUAAAGGAGAGGUUCAAGUGUCGGAUAAAGAACGGCACACGCAGCUGGAGCAGAUGUUUAGGGAUAUUGCAACCAUUGUUGCAGACAAGUGUGUCAACCCGGAAACCAAGAGGCCCUACACCGUCAUCCUCAUCGAGAGGGCUAUGAAGGACAUCCACUAUUCCGUGAAGCCCAACAAGAGCACUAAGCAGCAGGCUCUGGAGGUGAUAAAGCAGCUGAAAGAGAAGAUAAAGAUAGAGCGAGCCCACAUGCGCUUGCGCUUCAUCCUGCCAGUCAAUGAGGGAAAGAAGCUGAAGGAGAAGCUGAAACCGCUGGUGAAGGUGGUGGAGAGCGAGGACUACAGCCAGCAGCUGGAGAUGGUAUGCCUCAUCGACCCAGGCUGCUUCAGAGAAAUUGAUGAGCUAAUAAAGAAGGAAACCAAAGGCAAGGGGUCUCUGGAAGUGCUCAGUCUGAAGGACGUGGAGGAAGGAGAUGAGAAGUUCGAAUGACCCCCUCCUGCUCCUCAGCUGGAGCACGCAGCGGACGUCUGUUCCCAGCAGCAGUCUGUUUCUGUGAUCUGCCAGAGCCCUGCUCAAGCAACGUGCCACUUAUGUCUUGUGAUAAACAUUUGCCUAGGUACCUGAGUGUUUGUUGUAAAUCAGGGUUUCCAGCAAAAACAAAAAGCCCAAAAUACAGAGUCCAGAACAGAACAGCUCUUCACUGCUAUGUCUGCCUUUCUAGUUCCAAAGGGAAGAGCAGAGACAGCGUUGUGGAUAAGAAGGUAGAGCCAUGUGUGCAGAUGCCUGGAGAGCGGUCUGCUAAGGGGAGUGCUGCUGGGAAGAAGUGGUGUUUCUGCAUAAGGAAGCCCAGGUCUAAGGUGUGCACUCAGAGAGGACUUCCCAGUUCCCUACAUUUACAUGUAUAAUGACUAGGGAGAAUUUGAAUUUAUAAUUUUCAACAAACAUGGUACCACAACUGACUUAGAUUAUUCUUGGUAAAAUAUAUAAAGUCAUUUAAUACUAAUUCUUAAAAGUUUAUAAUAUAUGUUAGUAUAGCUAAAAUUAUACAUAAUCAAUAAAACUUAUUUUUAUUAA